GCGUCGCGUGUCAAGCAGAGUGUAUCAGCGUGUACGUAGUACUGCUACCACUCCCAGUACAUUCCCUCAUCUGUUCCAGUGCAUUCUACUUGUGGGUCUGAAUCUUGACUCCUUAGAUAAGAAGACAAAAGUUCCUUACAUCAAAACCAAGUACCCACUUGAUGCUGAUGUUCCUCCUCACAUUGAGCAUUUGUGCUUUCCUGAUGCAAGAGACUGGCCACCUCCACUGCCAGCUGCUCCAUCUCUGCCAGGCCCUGGAAGUAAUGAUGAACAGAGCUAUUCGCUUGUGAUCACUAGUGAGACGGGAGUACGGAGGUUUGGCUACUGCAGACGUGUUCAGCCUGAAGGUUCAAGCCUGUGCUUGCCUCUAGCAUACUGCAUUAUCAGUCCAUUCAGAGCCAGUGGCUUCUACUACAAGAUCCUUGCAGAACUGGAGUCUCGACAUGGUCAGCCAGAAUGGCUUCAAACUGCUUUCAUCAAGGAGCUGUACUCUUGUCAGUUUCCUGCUCCAGGACAAGGCCUCAAACUUGAUACAGCUAAUACAACAUACAAUAUUGCAGGACCUGUGUGUAAUGUGGUUACAACUGUAGUGCGAAGGCCUAUGGACUCAAGACUUGAGGAACGUGACCUCGCACAAUUAUUCUCCGCUGUGCCUGUACCUGUAUUGUUGCAACUUUUUGGGUCACUUUUGUUAGAGAGGAGGGUUAUUCUCAUCAGCAAUUCACUCAGUCGGCUGUCAUCCUGUGUGGAGGCUGUUCAGUCAAUACUUUAUCCAUUCUCUUGGCAGCACACACUGAUUCCAGUACUACCAACUUCUCUAUUGGAUAUUUGCUUGUCACCAACACCAUAUAUUGUUGGUAUUCUCAGAGGCAGAGAUUCAAGCACUGUAACAGAACCAAUUGAUGAGAUGAUGAUGGUAGACCUGGAUGAGUCACAAGUUUUACGGAGUGUUGGAGAUGAAUCAAGUAUCUUACCUUCCAGGCUCCGUCGUUGUCUGAAAGUAGCCCUCCAGCUUGUUACUAACACCACCCAGCCAUGGGAUGCAUCACGGAAUGUACUUGUGUCUGAAGCAUUUGUUCGAAUGUUUGUUGAAGUUUGUGGGCAUUAUCGAAAUCAUAUCGUCACCCAGCAGGAUGGUAUGAAAGUAUUUGAGAGAGAGUCAUUCAUUAAAGCAGUUACAUGUCAGAGCUUCAGAUUGUUUUUGGAAUGGUUUACUGAGACAGCUAUGUUCUCUGCCUUUAUUGAAUCUCAUCUGGAUAGUCAGUCUGAUGUUAGAGGCAUGUUUUACCAGCGCUGCUUGGAGCACUCUGAGGAAAUGGAGAAUAACACAAGAUUGUUUCUGAGGAACUACAAGGUCUUGAAUAAAAAAGUUAAAACCUUUGGGGACCGUCUGAAGGAUUGGGCACCCUUCUGAUAUUAUUUAUAGAAACAAUGCUGCCAUUAACACUGAUCCUGAAUGCCAUUACAGUCAAUAAGAUAAGUGCCAUUAUUUUUAUUCACACAACUUUGGAGAUUGUAGAUGGCAAACUAUAAUCCUUAUAUACAGAAGCUAGAGCAGUGACAAUUAAAAAGCAUGUCUGUUUAAUAUAUUUGAAAUGUGUAUAUUUAUAAAUAUUGAAGUAGCAACUUGUGUUAGUUAUUUUGUAAAUGUGUUUACAGUGUAAAUGACCACUCAUCUAUGUGAUUAAAAGUAACUUAGUUUUUAUACCAAAAGAUUUGUAAUUAUAGAACUGAGGAAAUGGUUGCAUCUGUAGGUCUGAAUACUUUAAACAGAUAAUUUGUUUAUAUUGCAAGUUCUUAGAACAUGUGGAUAGCUUUCAUCAUGUUACCUAGCAUUGGUGCCACACAGAUUACUGUUUUAAAGCAAAUAACCUUUUCUUUUUUAAUUGUCUUCAUUUUUCAGUCUUCCUUCUCAUUGCAUCUUCUAAUUCAGUCUUUUCAUAGUAUCUUACCUAUUCUUCUCUAAAGUCAUAUUUGGCUUCUAUAUUCCAUCAUACAUUUAUCUCAUAACUAACUAACUAACUAACUAGAUGGCUUACCGAAGCCGAAGGUUCAUCACUGAAUUAACCAAAGCCCUCCGCUGGACCCUGUCCUGGGCCGACAAAAUCCAGUCUCCUUCUACUCCUAUCUACCAUAGGUCCCACCCAACAUUAUCCUCCCAUCUACAUCUAGGUUUCCCCAGCGAUCUCUUCCCCUCAGGCUUCCCAACCAAUACCCGGUGCACACCUAUUGUUACAUCCAUGCGCGCUACAUGUCCCACCAAUCUCAUUCUUCUUGACUUAAUCACCCUGACAAUAUUGAGGGAGAGGUACAAAAUUCUUAACCUUAAUUAUGCAGUUUUCCCCAGACCCCAUCGUCUUCUCUCUAAGGCCCAAAUAUCCUCCUCAACACCCUAUUCUCAAACACCUACAAUCGAUGUUCCUCCCUCAGAGUGAGAGACCAUGUUUUGCACCCAUAUAAAACAACAGGCAGAAUUAUUGUUUUGUAUACUUUAAUUUUCAGGUUCCUAUACAUUUAUCUCAUACCAUUGCUUUUAUUCACUGUAAGAUAUUUUUCUUUCCUCCUUAUUGCCUCCUAAUGUUAUAUUAUUUAAAUGUUUUAUUACUUCUAAUAUACUUCAUUUCAGAGAUCUUUACCCAUCUGGGAGACAUACUACACCAAAAACUUCACUCUGCUUAUGGUUAUAUGCCUCGCUGGGUGGUUGUAAUUGACACCCAAAUCAGGGCAAUAAUAAUAAUAAUAAUCUGAGCAUUCAGCAAUAAUAUAAUGUCACUGUUUGAUUGAUAAUACACAGACCCUUUGAUGUCUUCCAUUUGCCUUUAUAUCAUGAUACUUGGGAAGAGAAAAUGUUACAUGCAAAAACAACACAGCAUAAUCCAAAUUGCCAAUGUUUAAUUGACCAAGAUCUUUUGUAGUGUGUGUUAUGUAUGAAAUAUAAUACUGGAUAGUUUUACAAUUUAAAGCAAUAUGUGCAGUUCCACUGGGAGAUCAACUUUCAUUUAUGGUAGAGUGUGAAUUCGUGAAGUCUUUCCAAAUUGUGAUCCAUUCAUCAUCACAUAUGUGAUGAAAGCACCAUUUUAUACUUCUUGCGUGUAUUUUGUCGUUUGAUAUUUAGGAUUUGAGGUGUUCACAACGAUGAGUCUGAAGACAGCCAUAUUUUGGGUUGUAGUACUGUGCAGUCUACAAGGCGUUACAACCCAUAAGAGAUCCUUCUUCCUUUGAUAUUAUUUGUGAUUUUAAGCUUUUCAAUGUUCAAAUCCAACAUAACAGUUGUAUGGUCAGCUUCAUAGCAUGACCCUUUGCUGGUGAUAUUCUGUCCACAAUGGCUACUUUCAAAGAGACAAAAGAAGCAGAAACACAGAAAGGCACAGGAGCUCUUGACGGUUCUAAAGGUGUGUGAUAGGUAGCACGUGACUUUAAUAAUGUUACUAGAAUAGGCAUCAAAAUGGUAUAUGAUGCUUAAGUAUGUAUUUGAACCAAGAUGGUGCAGACAGCAUACAUAUUGUGAUUGAUAUUGAAAAGGCUAAUACAGUAUGAUACAGAUUUUGAACAUAUAUGUAUAACAAAUUUUUUUAAGUUAAUAGUAGAUUGAAUGUCACUGUUCUAGACUUCGUUAAUUAUAAUUUUUAAUGCAUAAAGGAAACAAUACUAAUGAUUGAAUUAAUGGCCUUAAGCUGAACUACAAUUUUAAAUUGCCUAGUAAUGAACAUGCAUAAUAAAUAAAAAUGUUCCUUGCUAUUAUGUGUAAACAAUUAGUUUGCCAUGAAAUUGUUUAAUUCAGUUGAAGAUUAAAAGGAAAAUUAUAUUCAG